GUGCUAGACCUCCAUCACGAAUUGUCCAAGGAGGAGAUACGAUUAUCCGAGAUGCCCCAUUCGUCGUCCAAAUUCGUCACAAUUCUUCACUGAAUGUCAGCACUGGAGUGAUCUGCGGUGGUAGUAUCAUUGGCAAAAGGUACAUUAUCACUGCAGCGCACUGCAUAUUAAAAAUCGACGAUAUCCCACCGGAUUUUCCAUUACACUUUUCCUGGUUUCGAGUGAUAGCAGGCAGCAGCUCCUAUCAAUUCGGUGAUAAGGCGUACGAGAUCAAGAAAGUCCAUUACCACCCAAAUUGGCCUGGGUAUUUAAAUACGAAUUCCAGUGAGAAAUUCGAUCUCGCAGUUUACGAGCUCAAGGAAGAAAUUUUAUUCGAUGAUACCAAAGAAGCCAUCCCGUUGGCUGAUGUAAUCCCAGAAGAAGGUUCUGUUGGUCAUAUAUUUGGUUGGGGAUCCAUUAAUUCAACUGCUUUAAUUACCACUAACACAUUGCAACAAUUACGAGUGCACAUAUCCACUUCUGACGUAUGCAAAAAUAAUUAUUCAAGAUUGCGCGUUGAUAAUGACGAGUUGUGUGUAUCGAAUGAGGAUGGGGGUAUGUUCUGUGAGGGUGACAGUGGAGGUGGUCUUCGAGUGGAUGGGAAAUUAGCUGGUGUAAUUUCGAAUCAAGUGAAUUGCGAGGGUAGAGUGCCAGGGCUCGUUAGCAAUGUCGCUUAUUACAAGCAGUGGAUUGAAGGGAUAAUGCAAGGUGUGAACCCAUGAAAUAGUAAAUGAAAUGAUUACUGAAAGGAAUAAAUUGAUAAGUGUAA